GCCGGCUGUGUGCACAGUGCGGGCGCUCGCAGCGCGCUGCAGCACCGCCUCCCCCAGCAGCAGAAGCCGGCGGUUUCCAGCUGUGUGCCGUUGCUCCGCUAUUCUGUCUGUGUGCGUUUGCACGGGGAACGUCGGGCCCUGAAAUCUGCGGAUGCGUACCUGCGUGAGCUGAUCAGACUCUGCGCGUGUAUAAAGUGAAUGUGGUGGGGCUGAGGCUGUGGCCUGAUACAGGGCUGUGCUGGCACGCGGUGCACAGAUGCACGCACGCAGAUGGGGAUGCUGCAAAGCAAAGCCCCAUUGUAUGCAAUGGAGAAAGGGCUGCUCCUCACCAGGGGGAGGGGAGGAAACAUCUCCAGCCUGUGGCAGGACAAGGAGUUCUGCUGCUGAACUGCUGCUGCCGUGUGGAGCUGCACGUGGGAUGGGUCCGUCGCAGAGGGCGGGCAGGAUAAGCCGGUCAGCCAUUCAUUCACCUUCUUACAUCUGAGUUUUUGUCCGUCCUUUACGUGCAGAACCGCCAGAAAUAUUUCCUAUCCUGCAUGGAAUUUCCUUUCCAAAGAGCCAUCAGUGGAGAUGCAGGAGGGCUCGUUUCGUUCUGCCCGAAGGGGGAAUGCUGCUGCACGACUCUUCUGCGCUGAAACCGAGAGUCCUGCUAUCUGGAAGGGAACAUCCUUGUUGCUGCCAGGAGCUGCCACAGAGCAGUCCAGCCCCAAAGCCUGCCGUGCAGACACAGUGUCUGUGGUUGAAGAAGAGACCUCCUGGAUGUCAGGUUUCAUCCUCCCAUCAGUUACUACCCCGACAGCAGAACUCGUUCUGUUGGAGGUGCAUGCAAAGUUGGCUCAGUAUUAUCCCCCAAAGCUACGUAGCCCUUAUUUAAAGCUUUCUACAGCUGGUUUGUCAGUGUGGGCUGUCGGAGGUCACCACCACUUGUCUGUCAGUGUCCUGCUCUGCACCGCCUGCUCCUGAGCUGAAGCUUGGCCAGACGAGCUGCAGCAGACCUGCUUCCAGCAGCACAGCCGCCUCAGUGCUGGAAGCGACCAGCAGAAAGGCAGUGGGUGAGACACAGAUGUGCUCUGACAUCUGAAACCGCAAGGAAGGGAAGUCAAGUUGGCACAAAUAGCAGAGCUCUGAACUGCUGCCUGAGGUGGCGACACACGUCGUGCCCUGCCACGCUCGCCAGACAGGCGGCAGCCUUGCUGGAAGGGCAGGAUGAUAACUGAGAGCAUUCAAGCUUUGAAUUGUGGUAACAGUCUCUCCUGCGCAGUGAAGGGCCUUUGUACAAUUUGCUAUAUGCUAAAAUGGGGCAUGGGAUGGGAUCCCACCUAGAAUCAUAGAAUCAUAGAAUGGCCCGGGUUGGAAGGGACCUCCAGGAUCACAAAGCUCCAACCCCCCGCCGCAUGCAGGGCCACCAACGUCCACAUCUAAUACCAGCCCAGGCUGCCCAGGGCCCCAUCCAACCUGGCCUUGAACACCUCCAGGGAUGGAGCAUCCACAGCCUCUCUGGGCAGCUGUUCCAGCAGCUCACCACACUCAUAGGAAAGAACUUCCCCUUGGUAGUUCACCUUUCUUCACUUCACCCUCAUGGUGAAGAUUUGUUAAUCACCUUCUAACAGCCCAGCAACAGCCUACAAAGUUGGUGUCAAUGACUUUAAAUACUAAGAGAUCAGAGGCUGGCCCUUGUAAAGAGACCCAAGAGCUCCUUCAGGUUGAAUCCAAAUGUUGUGGUGUAUGGAGUACUAGCCAAGGGAAAUCAAGGGAAAAGAAAUAUGAGGGGAAGAAAUGAGAGUAUUUCACAAUCUUUCACCAAUGGCAGACACCAGAAUUCAUGGUGACAACAAAUCCUGACUCUAUCACUGACAGAUCGGUGUGAGUGACGUUGUGGCACGUCUGUAUUACUGCGAGUGCUGCCGCUGACAGGCGCUGAGUCACAUAACCUUUCUGCCUGUUUUCUCAUUUGCAAGUGAAGAUAAUUAACAGGAGGAAGCGCUUUGUCUGAAGAAACAAACUCAUGCUUCGUAAAGAGAAGAAUGUGACCAACCUGUGAUGUGGAAUUUCAGUCUGAAAAACACUUUUCUCUAGACAUCUCUUGGAAACAAGCAACUUCAGAUUCAAAAGCAACUGCUGUGUGGCACAUUUUACCUGGAGUAGAAAACACAACUGGUUUCUUUUAAUUAGGGUGAAAAUGCAUGUGAUGGAUAAUAUAUCUGGGUGGUAGGCUGCUGGUUUUUCAUGAAGUUGUUUGUGCACAUGCACUGUUCCCAAGGGUGACUGAUAUCUCAGAAUGAGGAUGCAGAUAAAUCACGACUAACUUCAGUGGAAGGACGUGUACACUGCAGCUGGUACUUCCAAACAGCCCAAUGUAAUUUAAUGUCUGGGUAGAGGUUACAUAUUCCCAGUAACUAAAGCCUGGAACUUGACAUCAGCACUGUGAGGAUACUGAAUAGUCACUGCCUCAACACACUGUAAUUUUUAACCAUGUUUUAGAAAGCAAAAAAGGAGGCACUUGUGUUGUUUUACAUGCGAUUUCAAAGAUGGAUGAAUCCGCCUUGGAAAGACUACUACAUCCCAAAGGAGUUAGCCCACCUGCACAGCAUCAGUAAGGCAUCUGCUGCCCCAAGCAAGCACACUUGUCAGUGAAAAGCUGGGGGGUGAUGCUCACUUCUCCUGGGCACACUGAUACUUCAGCAGGACAGAGCAUAUGCUGAACUGGGAGGUGAGGGACACUAUGGAAGUUGAUGAGUCUCCACUGUAUCUGUUUACAUCUGUGAGCUGUGCUGGGGCUGAGCAUCUACCUGUCUAAAGCUCAUAGCCUAUACAAGGUGCUCUACAACACACGUGUGUCUGUGAAACAUCUGCCCUUCUCUCCCUCGCGCUGAAGAGCUGUGAAUGAAGAAUGAAUGAAGAAGCACUGCUGUAAGUUGAAGAACAUUCCUUUCCAUAAACCACAUGUAGCCUUUAAGAUAAGUGGCUAAAUUGUUUUUGUUUUUUAACUGAGAACAAGUUUUACUUGGUUAUAAUGAAAUAUGCUAAAUGCAUGUUCUGAACACAGGUGUAACUCAUUGAGUCUGAUAACUCCUAAGUUGAGUUCUGUACAAGAAAAAUCUUUUGUGCUGUAGCUGCAAAACAUUUUGCUAAAAGCAACCUGAUCCUGUGCCUUGUUUGUUAGCAGCCCAUUUACUCAGCCACUGCUUCCUUGUUCUUCUUACGUAAACUUCCUCAAAGCAAAAACAUUGGAAACAUUUUCCACUGCAAAUGUGUCCAGCAGAAGUCAAUAAACAAAGAAGUAAACACGGGUCUGUAAAUUCAGAGAGCCAUCUACUGGCAGCUAAGUGAAACGAAUUAAAUUAAUGAAGGGCCAAAUCUCUGCCUCUCUCUUGAAAGUCGUUUCUUUGAAGUUGAGGAACCACACAUGAACAAACCGUACAUGCAUGGUUAUCGUUUCAAGAGGUGUGGCAAGAGUGAAGAUGUUGGUGUUCUCAGGGCAAGGAAGAGCAGCCUCAUUUGCCCAGUGCCCAGAUUCUACUGGGUGAAUGGGCAACUAAGGAUAGCAGAGUAAAGGAGUGAGGAGUGUGGGGGCGCCUGUAGCCUUCCUCACAUUCCUCACGUCCAUGCUAUUUCUUUUAUAGACAGCUCAAGUCAGGCGUAGCAAAAACUAAUGGAGCCGAGGUGCCCUAUGUGUAGUGUUUCAAAGAUCAGUUUUAAAGGGAACAGUGGUCUUCAUUGGUGCCAUCAGAAGAUCAGAAGUUACACACAGCAAGAGAGAUACGCUGCGGCUCUGGGGACUGAAUUUAAAUCAUGUCAACUACUGCAAAACAGCUGUGCAUAAAACAGCCGCCUGCCUAGAGCAAAAUUUCCCAGCCCCUGAGCCUGUCCCAGUGGAGGAUCACGUUUCCUUUCUUAGGGACAGCAGUGCUCUUCCCCAGCCUGAUCCCGGGAUAGGGUAUGAAAAUCAGUUUUUGGACGGAGUGAGUGGUAUGAGCAGAAUCACACUGGUAAAAUCUGUGGAGGCAAAUACCUAAACUGCAAUGUCCGCAGGGGGCCAUGCUCAGUUUGUCCCUUUCAUCUCGGAGAGGUGCUUUGAGGAUGGUGCACAUAGUGCUGCCACAAUUGCUUCCACGGGCAGACGGACACAGCAGGCACACGUGAGCAGGGUGACACUCUGGGAGAGAGGUGGCUUGGCUGUAAAGGGACCGCUGGGCUGACAGCACAGUCACAAAGUCUGUGCAUGCACGUGGGAAAGCAACAUGGGAGAAUCCUUUGUUCUCUGAAAGGUUUCCUCAGAUGUACACGGUUCUUUGUUGCUUUGCUGUGCGCUCGCAUUAGCUAUUAACCUUGAAGAUUCCAGUUUCUUUGGGAAACCCAUGACAUUCUACAGUAACAGGUUUGCUUCAGAAACAAAAUAUUCAUCACAGCUGUUAAAUUUUAAUUAAAAACACUUCUAGUCUUUACAAAGCUCUGCAUUCUUUAUCUAACCAUUCUAUUUCCAGUAGUGUUGCUAAGCACAAACAACGCUGUUAGAAGUGUGUCUGUUUUCUGCUCUUGAAUGAGUGGGAGUGACCUUAGAGUAAAAUAUUCUAACAAGCGGCUCUGAGAGCAGCAGAAUUACACAGCCUGGAUUGCAGUGUUCUCCCUUUAUCCUAUCACAGCAUCUCUUUCUACUUAAGCAGCUGUUCCACAAAAACUGGAGGUAUGUAGUAUCUUCAAGGCUCUACAAACCUGAUUACGUUGCAGAGUGAUCAUAAAACUUUCCAAAGGGAAAUGGACCAGAAAUGGCUUACUUCCCUAGGAAAUUAAACUAAAAAUAAGCAAUGAAAAAUUCUCUUCUUUCCAGCUGCUUGACCUAAGGUCUGCACUGUUUACAAAACACACACACGGCUGUUUCUAAACAUACUGCAUAUUACUGAUGGAUGCUCAGAUCCCAGGGGUGAACUAGCAGCCUAGCUGCAGAUACAGGAGCAUCCUCAUUCUCCUAACUGCCCAGCAAUUUGGUGCUGUCUUACCGUUCCGUAGUGCACAGAAGUGGUGUUACCAUGGUAUCUCAGACAUCCAUAAAGCAGAGAGCAUCUUCUCUAAUUCUUAGUCUUUUUGAUGCUGCCUCUUUGUGUUACCUGUUCCGCUCACCUACUAAAAAAGGAAAGACAAAUUACAUCUUCCAUAAUCACAGAUUUGAAAUACUUCAUUACUCAUACCACACUAAUUUAGCACAAAUAGAUGGUUUGCAUGGCCUUUAUGGUAUUAAAAUGUUGCAAGCGUCGACUAUGUGACGUUUGUUAGAAUUCUGUUGAACGCAACAUGUUUUCUCCCACUCCUUCUGCAAAUCUUUCCUACAGAGAAGGCAUUAGUCAAGGUGAAGGAAACUCUCUUUACAGGUAGUUAUUUAUGGUUGCCUGUGGAAUUAUUUUGCAAUCAAAGCUUUGUUUUGCAUGAUCUGACUGAUGCAAAAAGCAGAAAAUAAAUAUCUUCAUUCUCAUAACCUGAUUGCCUGAGGGAUUUACAAUGUAUAUCCAGAUGGCAUAUUGUGUGGCCUAUCAAAUAAGGGCAUGGUUAUUAAAUUUCAGAGCAGGAAGGUGCAGGCAACUAAUUUCAGGCAAGGGAACAGUCAUUUCAUUUGAUCAACUGAAUAAUUCUUUGUUCAAUAUUUACCCAAAUCCAAGCCAUGUGAGCUACUGAGCUCUCAAUAUUCGAGACCAUACACAAACAGACAAGCACAUUCAUCUUUGUCUUUGAAAAUAUAAGCAAAGAUGAAACUUUAAAGAACUAUUAUUUCUAAAACGGGUCAUAACAUUUGGAAGGCGGGAGGCCUGUCUCCUUCUGCGCUGACAGAUUACCUGGACUGUAGGGACAGUCUUUCAUGACUUUAAUACAAACAGCAAGCGUGUUUUACUUUAAAAUCUUUAUCUUGGCUUGGAAUACGUACAGGGCGUGAAUGCAACUUUCCCUGUAUCACUGCUCCUUUCCGGCUUUGGGAAGAAACAGCAACAGCUGCUGUGUGGAGAUGCUCACUGCUGGAGCUUGAAGGAUUCCCCCAAAGGGCUGGGAUGGCUGAUUUAUGGGCGUGCAGCGGUGAGCUGAAGGGCAGGAGGGAGCGGAGUGCUGAGCUCCUACAUCCCGGCUCCAACCCAACAGCUACAUCCUUGAAACAAGGUUUGUCUUCUGCUUUGCACAUUAAUACCCAAGAUCUCGUGUGCUUGUGGACCCGAUCCACGUGGCAGUAGAUAAAAGAAAAAGCAGCCAACAUUAAAGCCAGUCGUUGGCACUUAUCCUUCUGAAGGUUAACUUUAGACCUGGUACUACAAUGUGCUGGCUAUAAAAAAUAUGUAAGCACAACCGGACGGCCUCUGGCCAGCAGAAGGCAGUCAAAUCACUACAUGGAAAGAAAAAAAAAAAGCAUGUUUUCCUCAUGAACUCAAAGGUGUGCUGCUGCAGUGCCAAGCGCAGGGACGGCCUUACUCAAGGGGAGUGUGGGGUAUGGAAUUUAAGCUGCAUCCUGCAGUUCUCUGUUGGUGUUUCUUUUGGUGUUCUUGUUUUUUUUGUUUUUUUUUUUUGGGGGGGGGGGGGGGAGGCAAACAUUCAUUCCCCACACAUCCAGUGAUUAUUUUUCAGCGGAGGACAGACUGAUGAAGAACCGACUUCAUGAAAUGCUACAACCAACCGCUCAGCAGGCUGCUCCUCUCAGGAAAUUGAGAGUAGCAGAAUUUAAUGCCUUGCAAGACAGCGAUGGCUUUUUCUCCAGAAUUUGAAUAUGGAGGCCACAGGGACAGAUGAAGUGGAAAAGAUAAAAUCGAAGUUCAUGUCAGCAUGGAACAACAUGAAAUACAGUUGGGUAUUGAAAACAAAAACUUACUUCAGUAGAAACUCUCCAGUCUUUCUGCUGGGAAAAUGUUACCACUUCAAAUCUGAUGAAUCUGGUGAACUCUCUACAGAGGGAUCCAACUUUGAUAAAAUCAACACAGAGAUUUCAGGAAAUGUUGAGGAGUUCCGUAAAGAUUUCAUUUCUAGAAUAUGGCUGACUUACCGAGAAGAAUUUCCUCAGAUAAAGGGGUCUGCACUAACAACGGACUGUGGCUGGGGCUGCACACUCAGAACUGGUCAGAUGUUGCUGGCUCAAGGCCUUAUGCUUCAUUUCCUUGGUAGAGCCUGGGUCUGGCCAGAUGCCUUGGACAUUGAAAAUUCAGAUUCUGAAUCCUGGACAGCCCACACAGUUAAAAAGCUGACAGCAUCGUUGGAAGCAUCACUUACAGCAGAAAGAGAGCCCAAGAUCCUGUCACACCAUCAGGAGAGAACACUAAGGAGAGACUGUGGUGACAGUGAAAUGAGAAAUGAAGUUUAUCACAGAAAAAUAAUUUCUUGGUUUGGCGACUCUCCGCUGGCAGCUUUUGGCUUACAUCAGCUAAUAGAAUAUGGAAAGAAGUCUGGGAAAAUUGCUGGAGAUUGGUACGGGCCUGCAGUUGUUGCACACAUUUUAAGAAAAGCUGUUGAAGAAGCGAGAGACCCUGAGCUGCAGGGAGUAACAGUCUAUGUUGCUCAGGAUUGUACAGUCUACAGUUCAGAUGUUAUUGACAGACAGUGUUCUUUUAUGGAUUCUGGAGAAACAGACACAAAAGCUGUAAUUAUAUUAGUUCCGGUGAGGCUCGGUGGAGAAAGAACAAACAUGGACUACUUAGAGUUUGUAAAGGGUAUUUUAAGCCUUGAGUAUUGCGUUGGUAUUAUUGGUGGCAAACCCAAGCAGUCGUAUUACUUUGCUGGAUUUCAAGAUGACAGUUUGAUUUACAUGGAUCCUCAUUACUGCCAAUCUUUUGUAGAUGUCAGCAUAAAGGAUUUCCCUCUUGAGUCAUUCCACUGUCCUUCUCCCAAAAAGAUGUCGUUCAAAAAAAUGGAUCCGAGCUGUACGAUCGGAUUUUACUGUAGAACUGUGCAGGACUUUGAGAAGGCUUCUGAGGAAAUAACAAAGGUCUCACCCAGUAAGUCUGUCCCAUCGCGUCCUUCCACUUGGAAAGCACAGGUGGAGGUUUACUUAGGUCCAAAGAUGCUGAAAUCUUCAUCCAAGGAGAAAUACCCCUUGUUUACUUUUGUGAAGGGUCAUUCCAGAGACUAUGACUUUGCUUCCAGUCCACUCCAUGAAGAAAAUGACCUUUUCUCUGAGGAUGAAAAGAAAAGAUUAAAGAGAUUUAGUACUGAGGAGUUUGUCUUGCUGUAAGGACAUUUCCCACUAAGUUAUUGGCAGCUGUCCAGGAGAACACUUGCCUUUUAAAAAAUAAAAUAAAAUGUGUCCUCCUCCUCCAAAAAGGCAAGCCAUGCUGAAAUUGGUCUAUUUUCAUAAAGAUGAUAAUGUUUUAUAUGUUAAUAGUCUUCGAAAUGUCAUUUCUAAAUGUACGUACUAAUUAUUUUGGUUCACCGCUGGCUGGAUGAGGGUAAGGUUGCGUUGUGCUGGUGCAGAGGGGUGGCACUGCUUACAGCCAGCUCUGCUGGCUGACGUGUGCCUGGGUCCUGGCGUCACCUCCUAAAAAGCACGGCUGCUCCCAGCUCUGACCUGCAGCCCUCGUGUUCUUCAGUCUGGGACAGCUCCUGAGCAGAGCUCGGUGCUUUGGUUCUAUAGCACAGGCACACAGCCAUGGGUUUCGGGACCGUGUUGUUACAGGUGAGGGCAGAGCUCUAACCUGGUUCGCUGUUAAGCCCAAAUAAUAGUUAAUGCAGUAAUUGUGAGUUACCUUUCUUACACCGCGCUGCUCAGAUGUGAGUUUGAUACAGCAGUAGUAAUUGUCAGUUGCAAUACUGAUAUAAUUAUAUAGGCUGAAUUGUGAGUUAAGAUACUAUUUAGCAGUAUGAUUUUAUAAUGGUUUCUCAUUAAGCUUGCUUUGGAACCUUAAUAUGAAGAGUGAAGAUAAAGUAUUACCUUGCCCCACAAUUUUUAAAGGUUAUACUAUUAAAUUAACUGCAACCAAUCAAAGCAGCUGCGGACAAUUACUAGAAGAGUGGUGUUUGUUUCCUGAUCCAACUAUUGCAGUGCUGAGGCUCCUUUGCUACUAGUGCAGCUUCUAGAUCAAAGCAAACGGGGGAGUGGGUGCUUAAAAUUCCAGGGUGUGAUUAUUUUUUUAUAUGUUAUUACUGUACAAAUGAUGACUUGAUAGCGUGUGUUCUCAAACUGCAAACAAGUGUACAUAAACAGGUUCAUGUUUUAACAAAGUAAAUGCAAUAUUUAAAGUAUGUAUUAAUGCUGCUUAGAAAAUAAAAAAGGUGUGAAACAUGAAA